AUGGCGCAGAUGCUUAAAUUGAAUGACAACGUGUACUACGAAAUACUCAGUAACCUCAGAUCGAUCGAUUUGAUGAGAUUGUCCAUAUCGUGCAGAUCAUUCCACAAUUUGGUCAAGCGGCAUCUGAGCUUCGUCGGCGCACACUGGGAUCAAUUCGAUGUACAACGCGCUCCAGACUUCCCACCUUCUUCUCAAUUACAACCGACGAUAAAUUCAAACGGCGACGAUGACUUGAAUAACCAGGCUGAAGAGCAUCUGCCGGAGGUAUUUCCACCUGCAUUUGGUCACCAUACUGCCGUUCAAAUACGUAAUUUCCUCUAUUUGCCUUAUUUAUCAGUUAAUCCCUCCGUAUACGUCCUCAACUUGACGACUAGACUAUGGGAUAGAUAUUUCCUCAGAAUUGAUAACCCAAACUAUUCCCCAACCCAAUCUUAUCAGUGGCAACCGCUUAUGGCUCCUGUUACCGCGUACAACGACGAAAUUUAUAUUUUCGGGGGUACACUCCACCCCAAGCUGAGCUCGGAUCACCCAACCCACGCCACAGCGGCUCUUGAUGAAAGAUCGACGGGUUCACUCUCUGACAUUCUUUACAAGAUAAACAUCAAAGACUUGUCAAUAGUAGAACUUGGAAACUCGAGGCAGCCAGAUCGAUAUCUAAACAGGUUUAGUAAGCGUCCGAGGAAGAGAACGUCACAUAGCAGUGAGAGCUAUGAAGAGAGCACGUGGCCAACAGCACGCAGAGGCCAUUCAAUGGCAUGUAUUAGAGAUUUUAUCGUCUUGUUUGGCGGUAUAUGUGACAAUACUGUUGGCGACAAUGAUGUUUUCGUGUAUCACAUCAAGCAAGAUAGGUGGAUUCAACCAGAGAUAAAGGGAAUAGCUCCAGACAUGCGGUUUGGACAUUCACAGACUGUCAAAGGUGAUGAUAUUUUCUAUUUCGGGGGUGCACAGGUGGAUGAUCCUGUCAAUGUGAUAUUCGACGAUCUUCAUAAACUGACGUACAAUGCUAUAGAGGAUAAUUUCUACUGGAGCAACUACAAAUCUCCAGAGGCUUACUCGCGAGCGAGACUCUUGAAGCUCAAAGCAAAAAGAAACAUUCAACAGAGCAUAGAUGAAGAUAUGCAUAUUGACGACGGCAACCUCAAUCGCAGAUACACAGCUACAUCUUCGGAAGGAUCCAUUGAAGAUGUCAUUACUACUACUGGUCAAUCACCACGUGAGAGAUUGGAAGCGACGAUGAUACUCGUAGGCAGUCACAAACUGGCCAUCUUUGCAGGAGUGACUAUAGUACCUGCGUGGCAAUAUGAUGAAACAUACGAUGAAUACUGUGCGUAUAACACGGCAGCGAUAGAUGUGUUUGAUUUUCGGCACAACCACUGGACUAGAAUUAACGUAACUGGAAGCGGCUCGGCGGUCAACACAUUCAUCGUAGAGAGCUGCUGCGCUUAUAUUGCACCACCAGGGGUCAAUGAAGAGCACUACGUGCAGCAGUCGACGGAAAAUGAGGCAUGGCAGUAUAUAGUAGUCGGACACAGACUGCAUUGGAAGGAUUUUCAAGUGAAUAGAUGUUCUAAAGAUAGUCAGUCGCCGGGACAUGAAUUGAUAGUUGACGGUGUGAACGAUAAUCUACUUAGAUUCAAGCAUGAGACUAAGAAAGAUGAGAAUAUGAAUGGUAGGAGUAACGGAGAUCUGAAACUCGAUAUCGGCAAAACAAUAUCAUCAUCCAAUUCGUCAAUUUCUGAAGAAGGAGACAGGUACAGUGCAAUAUAUGGACCGACAGCGGAGCAUGUGAAGGCCGCAGCGGUGGGUACUGUCCAGAAGUCGCCGACGGAUGUGCACAAAUCGGGAAGUAUGAUAUUGAGGAAGAAAGCAGAUGCGAAAGAAUCGUGGAUGACUUUUUAUAGUCGAGACAAUCAGGUAAUACUUGCAUCGACGACGGCAAUGUCGAAAGAGAGGGGAAAUUAUGAUUCUCAGUCACCUGAUGAGAGUCUCAAGACGGAAUCGAGUGAGAGCGUGAACAUGAUGGAAAAAGGGCCAGGAGAAGGGACAGGAGAAGGAGCAGAUGAAAAUCCAGAUGAAAUGGUACAUUCGUCUGGACAUUCACAUUUCCGUGACACAGGAUUUCAUUCAACGAAAAGCAGGGAGUCGUUUUAUCUGACGACAGUAGGAUUUGUCAAGUCUUUAGUGUUUAAGAGGUAA